ACACGGGGAGAGACGGGGGGACAGAGAUACCGGGAGAGAGAGAGAGACGUGGAGAGAGGAGGGAGAUACGGAGAGACGGAAAGAGAGACGGGGAGACAUAGAGAUACGGGGAGAGAGGAGGGAGAGACGCAGGGAGGAGAGACACGUGGAGAGACGGUCGAUAGGGGAGAGCGGCAGGGAUGUCGGGAGACACGGGGAGAGAAGAGGUGUGAUCGACGCGGAGGUAUCCAGGCAGAGACGUGGAGAGAGGAGAAGCCCUGGGAGAGACGACAGGCACCCCAGCGCGUAACGUUGAACUUCUUUGGCGCCGUACGUAGGCAACCGUGCCGAUCGGAGGUCACGGUUGUGGUUUGUAAUGGAAGUGGACAUCCCAGGUCGCAGCUGUAGCAGCAGCAGCAGCAGCGAGGGUCCAUCGCUCAUGGGGCUCAGCGACGAGGUGCUGCUCCACGUGCUCAGCUUCGUGCCCUGCCCCGACCUGCUGGGCAGCGUGAGGAAGGUCAACCAGAAGCUCCGGGCUCUCAGCGUGGACCGCAGCCUCCUCGCCGACAUCAAGCUGAGCGGAGUCUACCAGGUGACCGAUCAAGACGUCCGCGAGAUCUUGGAGUGCGCGCGCCCGGGCGUGCAGAACCUCGACCUGGGCGGCUGCUACUGGCUGUCGGCGAAUGUGCUGGACGCGGUGUGCCGCUGCCGCUCACUGGUGCGGCUGGACGUGACGGGCUGCGCUCUCACCGCGACGCGUCUGGACCGCAUCCUCGGCGGUGCCCCGGCACUCGCCUCGCUCGCCAUCGACGUGCGCCCGGGCUUCGACGCUGCGCGGCUCGGAGCGGAGGCCCGCGCGGCGUUGGCGCGCAUCACCGAGCUGCGCCAGACCCUGCUGACGCCGUCGUACGGCGUGGUGCCGUGCUGCGUCGCCGUGCGCACCCUGCUGCUGCGCCUCGAGAUCCCCGACUGCGACGAGGUCGGGGGGGCGCUGCCCCCCGCGCAGCUCAUGGUGGGCCAGAGCAACAUACCGUGCUACCGGCACCUGCGCGUGUUCGCCGUGCGGCUGGCGCCCGGCUUCAGCAACCAGGACGUGGCGCGCAUCUACCUCUCGUCGCUGCCGUCGCGCCCGCCCAGCGGCAUCGAGACGUUCGUGCUGUCAGUGCCCUGCGGCUUCCCGGAGCUCACUCCGUGGAUGUCGGGCUUCCUGUCGGCGGUGGCCGAGAGUGACGACCUCGCGUCGUUGCAGCUCCCUCGCUCCUGGCUCGCCGAGGGCUCGGCGCUGCGCUCCGUCCGCCUGCGCCGGCCCCGCCACCUCAUCCUCCCGCGCUGCUCGCUGCGCAGCCUCGACCUGGCGCACAUGCUCGCCCUGCCGGCGCCAGGCCCCGCCCGCGGUGACGGGGAUGACGGAGCUCGUGCCGCCGAUCGUGAAGACGAGGGCCACGGCAACGACGACGACGGUGACCACGACGGCGACGCCGCCAGCCCGGCCCGCUCGUUGGUGACGCUCAACCUGAGCGGUUUCGCGUUCGGCCGUUUCGGGGUCCAGCGCCCGGAGCAGGCCUCCGUGGCCUUCCUGGACGCGUUGACGCGCGUGUGCCGCCGCGGCCUGCGCAGCCUCAACCUGGCCGGCGCCCACGUCCACCUGCCGCUGUCGCCGCCGGCGCCCGGGCAGCUGUGCCGGGCGCUGUCCCGCCUGCGCCGCCUGCGCUCGCUCGCGUUGCCGCUGUGCGCCGUGUCGUCGAGCUCCCCGGCGGGGCACGCGCCCGCUGGUGGGCGGGCGCCGGCGGUGUACGUGCGCCGGCGCGGCCCGAGUCUGCGAUCCGGCGGAGACGCCGCGGGAUCAGCGGAACAACGGGCGGAACCGCCGAGGGCGGCGCCGGAGAUGCCGGCGCGCGGAUUUGACAAGAAGAUGCGGGUCAUGAGGACUGCGCCGCUGACGGCGGCGGAGGCACCGGCGGUUGCGUUGCUCGGCGUAGCCGGUGACCCCGCCGACGCUGGCCCGUUUGCCGGAUUGGUGUCUCGGCUGCCGCAGCUGCGCGAGUUGGAGCUGGUGUCGUCGAACUUCGUGUCGGCUUUGCCGCGGUUCGAAAUGGCCAACCAGCAAGUGCGGCACUGCGGGCACGGCACGGCGUUCGGGGACGCAGAGAUGGCGCUCAUCGGGCAGCUACCGAACCUCCGCCGGCUCACGGUGGCGCAGGCACCCGAGGUGGUGACGGGCACCGGGCUGGUGGCACUCGCUCGGGGCUGCCGGCACCUGCAGGAGCUGUCCCUGGCGAACAUCGGCAAACCUGCGCACGCCACGUACCUGCCGGCGCUGUGCCAGGCGCUGGCGCUGUGCCAGAGGCUGCACAGCUUUCGGCUGGAGCAGCCAUACGUGAGUGCGGGCGCCACGUUUUUCCGGGCUCUCCUGCGCUGCCCCGAGCUGCAACGGCUGUGCGUGGUGUCGCGCGGGGGCGGACUGCCCGAGCCCGACGUCGCCCUCCACUUCGUCGCCGCCUCGCCCCACCUCGUCGUGUGCCACCUCUUCACGGGCGACACGCGCGUCACCUGCAAGGAGCUGCAGAAGGCCAUCAUGAGGAGCGUGUGCCCGUCGCGCCCAGCUCUCAGCGUCGCCGUCUUCCCGCUCAUGCACGACCUCCUGGGCGAGGUGAUCCGCUCGCUGCCGCUCUCGCACCUCGACGACUUCACCCUCUUCCGCUCGCACGUCGCUCAGGAGCCGCCCGGACUGUGGCACUGACGAGAGAUGAA